AUGAGGUGUUCUAUUUCCGGAGAGGAGACAACAGAGCCGGUGGUGUCGCCUAAAAGCGGCUCUAUUUUUGAACGAAAGCACAUUGUGAACUACGUGCAAGCCAAUGGGAAAGACCCUAUAAAUGAUGAACCAUUAACCAUAGAAGAACUCGUACAAAUAAAGAAUGAAGCUAAUGUGAUAGUGCCGCCCCAACAGUCCAGUGCCACUUCGAUACCUGCGAUGCUAUCCAAUUUCCAGAACGAAUGGGAUGCAUUGGCGUUGGAGGUCUUCACCUUACGAAAGCAACUUUUUACUGCGAGAGAAGAGUUGAGUUCAGCACUUUACCAAUACGAUGCAGCUGUGAGAGUUGCUGCUAGAUCCAUAAAGGAGAGAGACGAUGCAAGAGAAGCUUUGAGGGAAUUAUCAUUGGCUAUUGCUAACGGAUCGGGACCUGACUCCACUGUUGAUGGAGGUGAACUGAACGGUAUAACCACUGUGGGAAUACCUGUUGAAGAAUUAAAUGAAGCCAAAGCACAUUUGUUUGAGCUUCAUAAGGCACAGAAACUUAGCAAUCCUCUUGGAACGUCCAAGAAUGUUACUUUGGCAACAGUGAAGUCUGAACCAAAGGAUCAAAAAAUUCAAAAUUCAAAGACAAUUAUUUCAAACGGAACUAUCGUUUCGUAUUCUGAAAGUUCACUUAACAUUAACCAAUACGACGACGAUGAAAACACCAGCACCAUUAAUAAACUGCUCAGUUCAACCGUGAACGCGUGUGACAUCUCUGCUAAUAAUAAAUUGAUUACAGUCCAUGAUGACUCCAUAUGCUUUGAAGCUCACUCUACAAAGAUAGAUGGGAAACAUAUAUUUGAAAUCAAGUGCCAUCCGCUGCUUCCUGAUUUAUUUGUGGGACUUUCGAGCAAUCGAUGGGGGUUAUAUGAUUGUGAAAGGGGUCUUCUAUUCCAGUCACCAGCAUCUACAAAUUCAUACACUACCAUCAGUUUCCAUGUUGAUGGUCUACUUAUAGCUGUUGGAACAGAGACUUCUCAGAUAGAGAUUUACAGUCUAGCCGACGGGAAUUUGGCGUCAUCAUUUAAUACAAAGCAUCUGAAGGUGAAGAAGAUCCAGUUUGGCCUCAAUGGAUAUUGGAUGGCACUGCUUUCUGAAUCCACCAUACAAGAAGAAUCCAAGGUAAGUAGUCUUGAAGUGUUUGACUUAAGAAAGAAUGUUAGCAUCCACACCAUUAACUCUGAUAAAGAGAUAUUGGACUUCACGCUUGAUGCAUCCUCAUCUUUAAUUGCCACAGUCUCAAACUCAGUAUCCUUGUAUUCAUAUAUUAAGAAGGGAAAAAAAUGGACAACGAUAGAAGUGGAGAAUGCCCCAUCGGAUCUACAACUCAUUCUGUUUGAUUCAAGAACUCCUUUAAAGUUAUUAGGCUCUACUGGGACUGAACUGUUAGAAUUCAUGUUAGAGGCCACUAGUUAA